AUGAAGGUCUUCGUCGCCGACGCCGAUGUCCCAGGCCUAAGGGCACUGAGCAAGCAGCUCAACACAAACCCGCAGGAUCCAGCUAUCUAUACGACUGAAGUCGACGUGGCGGAGUGGGAAUCAAUCGAGCGGGCUUUCCGGUACGCGGUCAGUGCAAUGGGCAGGAUUGACUACGUGUUUCCAAUCGCUGGCAUCGGCGAACGACGAAGCUUCCCUAACAAGCCAAAGUCGGAUGAGUAUGUGAAGCCGGACAUGAGCGUCAUUGAUAUCGACCAGAUUGGUGUGAUAUACACCGUCAGUCUGGCGGUGCAGCACUUUCGGCGGCUGGAGAAGAACAGGCAUGGCGUCAAGGGGAGGAGUGCGUGCUCUUCCUUCCGGGAAAAAUGUCUCAAUGCUGACCGGUUGACCACAGUUGUUGCUGUGGCAUCAGUAUGCGGCUUCUACAUCCAUACGACCAUCCCGCUUUACACCGCUGCAAAACACGCCAUCGUAGGCUUCACCCGCUCCUACGGCAAAAUCCUCGCCGAAGAAUCCAUCACCUUCAACUCCGUCUGCCCCAACAAGAUCCGCACCUCCAUCGGCACCGCCGAGUCCUACGAGAAGGCUGAGAAAGCCGGCUGUCUAGUGCCAAUGGAGAAGCUGCUCGAGUGCUUCGAGAUGUUGCUUUCAGGUGGCGAGCACAAGGAUCUGUCGGGAGAGUGCCUGGAAGUGGCGCCGCAGUUGGGAAUCAGGAUUGCGCCGAAGGUUGAGUUUGUGAAUGAGGAGAGUAAGAAGAGUGCGGAGAUCACUUAUGAGAGAAGUCAUUAUUUGCAUGAGGUGGUGGAGUAG